AUGCGCCUCCUCCCCUCCCUCCUCCGCCUUCGCAUCAAUGUCCCACGCCUCCAAACCGCGCACCUCUCCACUACGAUUCCCCUUAACAACGGCAAAUCGCUCCCCCCACGUACCCCCCUCCUCGAUGCCGACCUAAUUGAGAACUUCCUCAAAGGCUCCGGGCCCGGCGGCCAGAAAAUCAACAAAACCUCUUCCGCCGUGCAACUCAAACAUAUACCCACUGGCAUCGUAGUGAAAUACCAGGACACGCGCAGCCGGGAGAUAAAUAGGAAGAUGGCGAGGAGGAUCUUGCAGGACCGAAUUGAGGAAAUGGAGUUGGGGGAGGGGGCUAGGACGGCGGUGAAGGCGAGGGAGAAAGCGAAGAAGAAGGCGAGUAGUUCGAAGAAAAGUAGGAGGAAAUAUAGAGCUUUGGCUGGGGCGGAGGGGAAGGAUGGUGAGGGUGGUGAAGAGGGUCGGGAGGCAAUAGAUGCAGUUGGACAGGGAGAAGAGGCAGAGAAGAAGGUUGGGGUUGCUGAUAAGAGUAACACGGUGGGCGGUUGA